GGUUGCAUAGAGUGAAGAAUCUCCUUCUGUUCAGAUUGUUGUUUUUCUCGUCUUUAAGCUAAGCGGUCAAUUUAUUUCGACCAACAUGUUCAAGGGUUUCGGGACGUGGCUGGGUCUGGAGAACCAGACGUACACGAAGACGGCAGACGACAAAGAAGAGCUGAGUGUGGAGCAGGAAGAAGAAAAGGUGGUUGAAGCACAAAACGAGGUAAACAAACAGCAACCAGCUGACCAGGAUGCAGAACCAGAGGCGAACCCAGAAGACCCAGAGCACGGAAAAGGACUUGGUGAUUACAUCUUCAGUUUUGCAUCCAGUGCCACCAAGAAGUUCUCCGAGUCGAUGGUGGAGACAGCUCAGACCAUCAAGAAGACUGUGGAAGAAGGGAAAAUAGACGGCAUUAUAGACAAGACUUUCCUAGGAGACUUCCAAAAGGAGCAAGAGAAGUUUGUCCAGGAGAAGAAAGCAAAAAAAUCAGAAGCAGCGGUGCCUCCCUGGGUCGGCUACAAUGAGGAGGAGACGAUCCAGCAACAGAUCCUGGCUCUGUCAGCUGACAAGAGAAACUUUUUGCGAGACCCUCCCGCUGGUGUCCAGUUCCACUUUGACAUGGAGCAGAUGUAUCCUCUGGCUGCAGUGAUGCUGGAGGAGGACCAGCUCCUCAACCGCAUGCGAUUUGACCUGGUUCCUAAACUCGUGAAGGAGGAAGUUUUCUGGAGGAAUUAUUUCUACCGGGUGUCUCUGAUCAAGCAGUCGGCUCAGCUUACAGCGCUGGCAGCCCAGCAGCAGCAGAAGGACGGAGAGGACCGAGGGGCCAAAGUUUCACCUGAGGACGUCGUCUUAACAGACAAUGUCAGACCAAAAACUCCACCUGUUUCCAUCAGCGACAUACAAGAGCAACGCCAUGAAGAAGAGGAGGAGAUGUCAACAAGUCCCGGAGUGUCCGAGUUUGUGAGCGAUGCUUUCGACUCAACCGCCAUCAACCAGGAGGACCUGAGGAAGGAGAUGGAACAGCUGGUCCUGGAUAAGAAGGACAGCCUCCCCUCCCCCGAUGACGAGUCGGCAGACUGGGAGAAGGAGCUGCAGCAGGAGCUCCAGGACUACGAGGUGGUGACUGAGGCAGACAACAAAGACGACCAAUGGGAUCAAGAGAUCGAGAAGAUGCUCCAAGCCGACGACAGCUAGACGACCACUGCGUGUCUGUCUCCUGUUCAGUGAUCUGGCCCCAGAACAGAGGAAUUGUGACCGGUGAUGCACAAGGGAGUGAACUUCCACUUUCCCUGCCCCGCCCAGCUGUGAUUACUAUCAUGUAAACAUUCUCUAAUGAAGGUUUUAGAUCCAAUAAUACCAAGAGUGUGGCACCUCUGCUGGAUACAGUGUUCAGGUGUCUUAGUAAAGUUCUCUUUCCUAAAUUACUUCUACCUACUUGCUUUCCUCUACCCUCUCUCUCUCUCUGUGUGAAGGGAGAACGCCACUAGAGGGCGCUCCAGUUCCAGUACAGUGAAUUUUAUAACGGAGGGGGCUUGUAUGAAAUGACAUUUCUCUGUUUCCACUGCUGCUUUCUGGUGGGUUGUACAGUAAAGUCCUGGUAUAGUUAUAGUAGAGUAAAGUCAAAUGUAAAGUUACAUGAAUGUAAAUAAAGAUGAUUCUAACACUACACUUUAUUUCAAGUUGCAUUUCGCUUUCAUUGCAUUGACCCGCUUGUCAUUUUACAUUUUGUAUCCAGUUCUCACAAACUCCUGUGUGCAUGUCUGCUUUACUUUCUCUGCAACUGAAUUACUGUACAUUUUCUGUUUAACCUGUCAUCCUUUAAUAAAUAUUUAUCCGUUUUUAUGUCAUCAUGUUUAAGGUUGGCACAAAAGUCCAUGGGACUAGAUUUUAAAAUAAUGUGAACUCUUGUUUUGAACAAUGCUACAAAUCCUUUUAAUGAUGCUAAAACUCAAAUUAUUUUUAUACAUACACUACCGGUGAAAAGUUUUAGAACACCCCAAUUUUUCCAGUUUUUUAUUGAAAUUCAAGCAGUUCAAGUCAAAUGA